UUCCGAUUGGGCCCUGACUUAGUGAUAAAAAUUCAAAAAAAUAUCCUUAAUAAUAAUAAUGGAUGUGAAGCAACAGAUGCAGGAUGUGAAUCAGGAUCGCGGCAAGGUGGCCACGGUCAGCAAGGACCUCGAGCUGGAGCUGGAGCACGCCGAGGACCUGAGUCGGAACUCCAGUCUGACCACUGUGUGCAGCACCUUUCCGUUGACCUCGCGAAUCGACAGCUAUCACCGCUGGCACUCGGAGAUCGGGGUAAAUGAGGGUGAGGAGGCGGAGGAUAUCAUGAAUCGCCAACUGGAAGUGGAGGGUGAGCGAAAGGUCCAGCUGGCCAUCGCCAUGCCGCUCGCCAUUGAAGCCAUACAUCCUUGAUGCCAAAAUGAAUAAAUUCUAGUUUUAUUACUUGAUUAUUGGUACUCUUAUUUCAAAAAA